UCAAUAUGUUCAUCAAAGUUAUGGCUCUGAGAUGUUGGAAAAAAUGAGUACAUUAUUCUGUGCUAUUUUGGUGCUCGUGUCAUGAGCAGUUUUGAAGUUAUAGAAGAGGGUGGGAGGGGAGGCGGGGGAAGGCGGGGGGAGGAACGGGGCUUUAGACUUGCCACAAGUCAACCUCACGAGAGUUUCUAAGCAGGCGGAGCGAGCUUUUUAGGCCGCGGAGCGAGCGACGAAGUUGCGAGAGGUUGAUUUGUCUCGCGUGAAUGAAAUUAAGGUUUUUAUUUGCGCUUCGCGCCAAAAACAGGGAAUGGCGUGUCUCGUAUUCGGGGUUUCUGGUUACAUUUGGGAGUCCUUGACUUCACUGAUUCCACUCCGACAAAAGUAAUCUAACGUGUGUAUGUUUCUCCUACAUCGAUUGGGCGAAUUGUUAACUUUGUGGGAAAGCUUCGAAUCGUCGAGGAAGGGCAUUGCAGAGGAGAAAGGAGGGAUGAACCUCAAAAAGAUGCCGCGCGCGCGCUUCCGAUAGUGAUAUCGGCGAGUAGAAGAAUCACAUUGGAAUCCCCACCAUAUAGUCAAAAUACACGAUUGAAAGCGUAUCGUGAAGCGUAUGGAGCCAGCUCAACAGUUAGACUUUACCCAGCUUCGGUUAGAGCAGAGACAAAAACAUCUCUGCCCGACAGAUAUGCUUCGAUUAAUUUUCUCUGAUAGUCACGCAUAUUCAUAAUAUCCCGUGGCCUCGAGAACAUCUUUUAUUACAUAAUACCGCUUUUGCAAUCGCCCUUAUGGUGGAAUUUCAACCGCAAUUCACGUUUCAGUGCGCUUUAAAUUACUUGUGAGUGACCACUUUAUCCCCUUCUUUGAUUGGUCUAAGCGCAGCGACUCGUUUUUGGCUCGCUAAAACUGGCGAAAAUCAAGUAUGAAAAUCCUUCGUGCGCCAUAUUUAAUCAGACGAACGACUUUUUUGAAAGACUAGGGGGACUUCGAAGCUCCCUCGUCCCGGUCACAGAAAGCGAAGAAAAAGCCCCGUCUGAAUAGGGUUCAAAAAGGUGCUUAAUGAACCGUGAGGUUUGCAAAUAAACUUAUAAUGAGUAUACAACGAUUUUGUGGUAACACAUUCACAGAGUGGUUCGAAUUCGUUUACCAUUCCGGAUCCGGAUCGAAUUAAGGAUUUAGAAAUGAUGGUUUUUGAGCAGAUGGGAAAACCGGAGUAUCCGGAGAAAAACCUUUUGGAGCAAGGGUGAGAACCGACAACAAACUGAAUUCACGUAUGUCGUUGUCCCUGGAAUUCGACACGGGGCCAUAAUGAUGGGAGACAAAUGCUCCUACCAAAGCCCCAUCUCUCUGAACUUUAAGUGUGUGCCUUUGUUUUUCUAUGACCAGAUUAGAAAUGGUUCCAACUUGAAAGAGUUUGGUCCAACUUUUUCCUAAUGCAAUUCUUGUGUUGUCAAAAGUUUAAAUAAACUGAUCAUGUUCAUGCUGUUUUCCUUUCCUUUCAGAGAGUCGCUUGAUCUAUUGAUAAGAGGUCUUUAAGUAUGAGAAAUUGAACUAUAAGGGAUAAAAAAGUGGGUUCAAUUUCAGUUUAGGUAUGGACCAAAUUAAAAAGUAAAACUCACUUUGACAUAGACAGUGGGCACUCAGUUUGUGAGUGUGUAAUUGAUGUUAUUUAUUAUCUAGGAAGUUGCGGAAACAGGCAACUUGCUGGGGACAAAUGCUGAGCCUUGCACUGUUGACAUGAUGCAACGAGAGGAAGCUGAUUUUCAAAGUGAGGAUGAUUGCAAAAUACCCUUGAUCGUAUUUUCGCCAGCAAAUCACGCCGAGGUAAAUAAAAUUUUUUAAGUUAAGGACAAAACAGGGGUAGCUUCCCUCCUCCUCGAAGAAUCCGUAAAAUGUUCAACGCACUUACAAAAUUAGUUUUGAAUUAAUGAUUUUGAUUAAGCAGUGCAGCAUACAAAAUUAUCAUUUUUCAGUGCUAAGAAACCCGAACUGGGGAGUGUUUGGUAGCUACUCGUAAUGAAAUCUGGAAGAUGCAUGUUAAGGGUAGUGUUUCGCUUAUAAAUAUCCUCACUAAAUUAAUUUUCCCUAUAUCAUCUUAUCACCAGCCGAAUAUCAAGAGCAAAUCGGAACUUUCAGCACUUGAAGACACCAUACCGGAUCGGUCCACAUGAAGUGGCUAUUCAUUUUAUCAUUUAUUUUAAUAAUUUCGUUGUGAAGAAUAAUAAGGGAGGAGGAAGAGAGAGCUAAUAGGAAGACGGGGGGAGAGGUGGGGGAAUUAUUUUGCUCCCUGUAUACAAUGUACUUGCGGGGGGUGGGCGCUUAUAAGAGAGGGGAGCUCAAUCGAGGAUUUACGGUAUCUUCAAAUUUAUCACGUGAAUUAUGUAGGAUACACAGCGAGUUGAAGACAGACCAAAUAACUCCGAAGCACGUGGGGGACCUUCGAGUACUCCAGACGGCAAGAAAGAGCAAGAAGAGCAAGGUGAUUUUGACGAUGACGAUCAAUGCAAAAUCCCAAUGACAGUGUUUUGGUCGUCGAUCCAGGAAGAGAAUGCUACUCCAAAGACAGAUGAGAAAGAGUGUGAUAACGAUUGUGAGACAUUUCAUCCAACUGACGCGAUGUCCUUUGCAUGGCAGAUAGCAAGAGGAAUGGUGGGCUUAUUUAGAUUUUUUGUUUGUCUCUUGGAAACCAUGACCGGUUAAAGUGUAGCCGACCAUAGAAGUUCUCAUUUUACAAAUGGUGUAAAGUUUUAAUUUAAAGAUGAAUGUAACGAGAAUAAGUACACGUUACAGAAAAUGAACAGAUUUCGGCACCAGAUAAAAUUAGAUUUCAUUAUCCGUUUGUUUGUGCGAUGUUUACAUGGAUAUAAAAAUGGGUAUUUCCAUCUUCUUUUUCUUUUGUUUUCUUUUUUCCUUUUUGUAGCCAAUACUUCAAAACCUUCACUAUUAUACUUAAGUACUAGCAAACCUAUAUGAUAAUUUCUUAUCUCAUUCACUUAACUGGCUUUACACUUUUUAGAGCUACCUCUCUGAGAAGGGCUUAGUUCACAGGGAUCUUGCUGCAAGAAACAUUCUCGUUGGGCACGGUAAAAAACUCAAGAUUGGAGACUUUGGUUUGAUGCGAGAAAUGUAUCAUGAGGUGUAUGAAGUUAAGAACCAAAGGAAACUGCCCAUCAAGUGGAUGGCACCAGAGGCGAUUUAUGAACAGAUCUUCACCUCCAAAAGCGACGUGUAUGUGCUAUUUUUGACAUAUAAUACAGCCGAGCCGAUAACACCGAUUUUACGUGUACAAGAAACCUUAAAAUUCCGUUAAUUUGGGUGUGUGUCGCUACUUGAGGCUUUUUAUGUGUGUAUGGUGUAAACAUAAUUGAGGCGUCUUAAGAGUACUUUCCCCCGUAAUGGUUACUUUCCAAAAUGUUACAAAACAUUUCUCUUAUUGUAAAUUUUGUCAAGAUCAACCCGUUAUGUUUUCAUUCGAUUUCAUACCCUCUACACAAAAUUUAAACAAAAUAAAACUAUUGUCAUUAAAUGUAGGCCAUGAUUUGUCCUAAACCAUAUACAGCAGCAAUACUUACUAGUCUUAGGAAGCCUUUUUCAUGCUCCACGUUUUAUGCGCAUAAGGCAACAUUUUAAGCUUAUUUAUUUGCUUUUGUUUUAUCUUCUUUAUUUUUAUUAUUGUUAUUAUUAUUAUUAUCAUUUUAGGUGGUCAUAUGGAGUCGUUAUGUGGGAAAUUGCAACCUUAGGUAAUAUUCCAACUGCUACUUACUUUUUCGCCUGCGUAGCUUUUUCUUUAGAGAGGGAGGGAGGGGGUUAGGGACCGAGCGGUGCGUUUUUGCCCCAUUCUCCUUUUGCUCUCCCCAACAACUAGAACCGCUCGGUACCGUCAGGCUACUUAGGCUCCGUCUAGCUCAGAACUGGUAUUUCCACUGAUGAAGGGCCAGGCCCGAAACGUUUGGAAAGGAUAAUUUCAACCUAAACACGGCACUUUUGUUCAUGAUUUCUUUAUUUUUAAUGAACAUUUUUGUUACUUCUAUUUUCUAAAGUGCUACUCAGCUUAACAGAAAUUCUUUCGUCAUUUGUUGAUCCGUCUAGUCAAACAAGAAAAUUGUCAGUACAGUGUUUUUAAAUGGAACUUUAUUCCUCAAUUGUCGUAUAACCCAGGCCAGGAUAGUUGAGUUUAUAAUCGUCCAACAAUAAAAAAGUGUAUUGGACCAAGAAAUGGAGAGUCCUUUGAAGAAAUUCUACCUGAAAGGGGCUGGUAAAGGACACUGAACAGGUUCCUUCAUUAUUCAUAAACGUUCAGUAUAAAUUUACUGACUUUUCACGAUGAAAGUUCUGUAACUUUUGUAAGCCUAAGGCAAGCAUCGUAAUCGUCCAUUUAAAGCCGCAGAUAGUUUCUAUCAGUAUCUAAUAAUCAGUUUAGUCCUUAGAUCUCCUCUUAGUAAUCAUAUGAAAAAAAUACUCGAGACUAAGAAUUUGUGUUAAAAAUAUAAUCAUAAUCGAUGAGACCCUUUUCUAAUUUUCUUGCAGGAGGUUCACCUUAUCCACUGCUUAACAACGCUGAGGUCAUGAGUCUCCUGAGAACGGGGCACCGAUUGGAAAAACCUGACUUGUGCUCGGACAACUUGUAAGCCAUUAGAAUUCCCAGGCAUAAUAUUAUUAACUAGUAACAAAAAAUAUUAUUCAUUCAAAAUAUUUUUCCGUUUAUGACGGCAUAAUUUUCCCAGCUGACCAAGAACCUAACAAAAUAGAUUUCAUCAGAAAAGGUCCUUGUAACCCUCUCUCAGUUCAUUCCCGCUUGUCCAAAAUUAAAUAAAUUCACAGUUUGGGCUAAAAAAAAAAAAAAAAAAAAAAAAAAAGGCUAGAAACGGGCAUCAGGUUUGCUAAAUGGGGUUAAAAAAAUGUGUUUUUCUUAACUGUUAGUUACGGCUUUAUGAUGGAGUGCUGGAAACAGAACCCGGAUGAACGACCAAGUUUUCAGGAGCUGGUUGAAAGGCUGGAAAGAACCAUGACUGAGCAAGUAGAAUACCUUGAUCUGAAACAGUUGGACGAGACUAAAACGUACUAUCAAGUGCAAGAGUCCAAAACGGGUGAAAUAGGUGGCGACAGCGGGCUCGGCAUGCAGAGAGCUGUUUCUUCCAUUUCAAUGGCUGUUUAG